CUUGCAGUCACCAGUCAAAGUUUUGGAACCACUGACUGCACAUAUUUGGCUCGAUGCAGCUUUUGCCAGCGUGAAAGUUAUAUUCACUCUCUCACCAAGCGAGUUCCCGAAAGCCAUGUGGUUAUGGAUGGAGCGAUGCGAGUGGUCGCAUUGACUUGGUUGACACUGACACAUGGUCAAGUGACUGGGGAGCAGUGCAACUCUGUACCAAGAAGCUCAGCAACCACAGAAUGGUGUAAGCAGAGUUGCGCAAUGCUCUUGGCCUUUGUUCGCAUGCGAAUGCCGUACGAGACCAUGGACUUCAACGCUCUGCUUGGAGCAAACAAAAUGAACACAUGGGCAGUCUGCCCUUCAGCAUUUCGCAGUAUUGUCUUUGCAAGGUUGGCGCACGAAAUAAAGCAGCUGCAGCCGGACGACUUGCCUUCUGUUGAGCGAAGGAUUAGGGUGGCGGAACACGCAGCUCGGGAGUUUGUGACCAAGAACAUCACAGGCUAUUUGGAAGCUGGAACCAGUUUUGCGCCGUGGUUUCACCUGGGAACAGUCUUUGAGGUCAUCAAGGAGAACUUUUCUGCUGUAUUCUCAAGGCAGGAGCAGCUCCUGCCAACACCAAAACGAAAUGCUAUUGCGGAAGUACUCCAACGCUCCUUGGACUCUGAUGCGCCUACCAUGGGGCCAAUGCAGAUGCUGAGAGAGCAAGGAUGGCGCAGCGGGGAUUUUCAAGGUUCAGACAUUGCCAGCCUUGAACGUGCAGCACUCUUGCUAGCUGAAGCAGACUUUGUGCGAGUUUCGAAAGCAUAUGGAAUUCCUGGAUCUGGCGGUCUUAUGGGAGCUGCCAGAGACGAAAUGAAUCACUUGCUCAACCUUGGCCAGAAAUUUUUGCUGCAAUCAUAUUUGCACGCCAAGGCUGCAGCUCCGGCAGGUCUCACAGAUCUUUAUGGCCUCUUCACAGCAGUGUGGCAGACUGGAGUGCCAAUCUUCGAGAUUCUGGAUCGUUUGGACAGCCAAGUCUUGGAGUCCAUAUUCUUGCCAACCUCACAGACGCACAGUGAUGCGCCGUUUCUGGUGCAUGUUUUGCCAACACGGAAUGUGGAGUCCAACCACGUGCGUGCAUUCUUUGACCUGCAUUGUGACCAGACUUUCAAGGACUUGGUUGAAAAGCAUAAGAACCUGCGGCAGCCAUUGAUGGUUGUGGAGAUUGGCACGCAUUUGGGAGGUUGUGUGCUUUAUGCGCUCACGCAUUUGCCCAAAGAGACCCGUGCUCUUGCUAUCGAUGCCUAUGGCCCAGCUGUGGCAGCCUUGCGGCGCACAGCUGCGUCAAAUGGGCUUGCGGACAGGCUUACUGUUGUGGAACAGUUUGUUUGUCCAGAUGACAAACGCAGAUAUUCCCUGGAGCUGAAGGCCACAGGCCCUGCCAUGGUCCAGCCAGCCUGGACUGAGACUGCAGCAGAUGCAGCCUCUGAGAUGAGCGGACCUAAACCCGUCGAGUGCAGAAGCUUGGAUGCCAUUUUUAUGGAGUAUGGCAUUCUAGAGGUGGAUUUGAUGCGCAUUCAUGUACUUGGUCGUGAGUAUGAUGCCCUACGCUCUGGGGAGCGCUUCUUUGCAAAUGGAAAGGUUAAAGUUUUGGCAGGUUCUGUCAGCCAACAGAACACAAAGCCUGGAAAGAUGGCUGAAAUGCUUUUUCGUGCCCUGCUUUCACUCAGUGAAGUUCCUGAAUCUUUGGAGAAUUGCAGUUUUCUUGAAUGCAAAGACGGUGUGCGCCUUGAGGUCAUGGCUACUCUUUGCAUUUUCGCGAGUUUCGAGACGAAGAAGUGGUGCUGGUGUUGCAAAACCAAAUGAUUCUUCCAAAGAGUACACUGACCAUGACGGCACACUCUCCUGACUCUCCUGUUUGAGCCCACGAGAGUUGCACUGUGGAAAGACCAAGUGUGGAGGUCAGAAGUUCAUGGAGUAUGCUGAAAAGUGCUCACGGAGACCAAGAAUACGUCUGACAAUACGGACAGCAGUGUGAACCAUUCGAGCUGAAAGAGAAUGCACAAAAAACUGAACAGCAAGAAAUCAGUUUGGUGAAGAAGGAUACUCAUCCACCGACUCUAAGCUUUCGCAUCGGCUGCCUGAUUCAACCUGCUCAAAGAUUGGGUAUUGGACACUUUGGCUUGGACUUGGACCUAGGACGCUACUAGGGGCUCCUGGCUACUUGGACCAAGGAUUCACAGCUUUCAAGGAGCAAGUUUCCACUUUCUGUGCUCGUGAUGUGGAUUUGAAGAGCUGGUGGGGUAGCACACGGUUGCUUGAAGCUGGAAGCCAAUUGAUGGAGACUGCCACUGCUAAGAUUUUCAGAUCAGGAGUAC